UGUGUGUUGUGGCGAACGAAGAGCUGGGCCGCUGGACGCUGGAAAUUCGCUUCCCGCGCCAUCGAUUUGAUCAGCCAGUAGUAUCGGUUGUCUCACCUAGUGCCCAGAUUCCACUUCCAGCCGCCGCCAAAGCCGGGGUAUAGGGUUCUUCGUGUGAUUUCCUUCCCCCUCUCUCUCCUCUCUCUCUUCUAGGGCUCCAAUGUGAUCCUGGGAUCUUGUAGCUUAGAUCGUGAUGUCAGUGAUGAUGGCAGCAAAGUGUCUCCACUCCCCCGCGCCACUGCCGGGAUCGCCACUGCAUGACAAGGCGCCGAUUUGCCUCGAGACUGUGGAUGGCUCGCGGCACGAGGUGGAAUGGGAGGCGGCCAUGCUCUUCCCUCUCGUCCACCGCGAGGUCUUGCUUAACGGAUGCUGCCCCAGGGAUAAGGUGAUAAUCGCUCUUCCGGCUCAAGUUAAUCCCAGCACGCUUAAGUUGCUACUCGAGUACUGCCGCUUCCAUCAGGUCCCAGGUCGGUCCGAUAAGGAGAGGAAGUUUUUCGAUGAGAAGUUCGUCCGGCUAGACACCAAGACGUUGUGUGAGCUCACGUCGGCGGCCGAUAGCCUGGACAUGAAACCGCUGGUGGACUUAACCAGUCGAGCGCUAGCUCGGAUGAUCGAAGGAAAGACUCCGAAAGAGAUCCGCGAGACAUUUGGGCUGCCAGACGAUCUAACCGAAGAAGAGAAGCUGGAGCCUGUGAAAAACACCACGGAUGACAUGAGGAUACGGCUGCUCAAUCGGCUGUAUGCAAGGAAGAGAAAAGAGUUGCAAGACAAAAAACUUUUAAAGGAAGGCUCUAUCGAAGAAUGCAAAAGGGACGAGCGGUCAGUGGAUGACUUGGUUUCCUUCAUCGAUGGCGAUGACAAAGGAGAUAAGCUAGCGAAAUCAGGAAAGGCCAAGAGGAAAAAGAACAGGAGAAAGAAGGAUCAAACCUCUUCGAAAGGGAGCUGCACGACGUCCCUGGAGAAUGACGAAGCCGAGAACUCUGGAAGGUGUGAGGACAGCCAUCACUUGCCCGAGGCCGACGAGCUGGGCUACCCCGACGAGGAAGACGACUUGGAUCCCGCCAUGAAGGAGGAGCUUGACAGGGAAGUCGAAGAUUUUGCGAGGAGACUAAACGCCGACUGGCCCAACCGGAUGCAAGAGAUUCUCGCCUUGGCAUCUUCGAGCAACCAAGAACACGGGCUUUGGACGACGACGCCGACGACGACAAGUCCAACACAGAAUUGUUGUCAGCCAAAGACACACGAGCUCGUUGGAUGAUCCCAAAUUUUUUUUCCUCUUUUUCUCUUUUUUCUUUCAAAUAACUUUUUCUCUUUUUUGUUCCUUCCAUUCUUUCUAUGUACAAAACAUUAACAGGAAAAAUUAAAAGUUCUCGAC